GCUGCUGCGUCCCGAACGCAGUGCCUUGCGCUCCUGGCGCCCGCGGAAGGGCUGGCGUUGGCGCUGGUGGCAGGCCAGUGGCUGGUGGCAGGCCAGUGGGGGUCCACCGCUACGGCUUGGCCUCUUCCGGGUACUGAUGGAGUCGUCCCGGAUUCUCUAGGAGGAGGGUCCGCAACUGCGAGCCAGGGAGAACCCGGGACAUCAGCACCUGCUGCCGGAUGGCGCUUAAUGGGUGCUUCAGUUUGGACUACCAUGUCAACCCCCACCCAGGGGACUUGAUUGAAGUGUUCCGUCCUGGCUAUCAGCACUGGGCGCUGUACUUGGGUGAUGGUUAUGUCAUCAACAUAGCACCUGUAGAUGGCAUUCCUUCAGCAUUUACAAGUGCCAAGUCUGUGUUCAGCACAAAGGCGCUGGUGAAGAUGCAGCUCUUGAAGGAAGUAGUAGGAAAUGACAAAUACCGAAUAAACAACAAAUAUGAUGAAACGCACUCCCCUCUCCCUGUGGAUGAAGUCAUGCAGCGGUCAGAGUUUGUUAUUGGACAAGAGGUGGCAUAUGACUUACUGGUCAACAACUGUGAGCAUUUUGUGACUUUGCUUCGCUAUGGAGAAGGGGUUUCAGAGCAGGGCUUUUGCCAUGAAAGGAGAAGAACCACCCAAAUACAACAAAGAACAAAACAAUACAAUAAAGUCCAGCAAAGGCCAACCGAGCAACAACCCCCAAACUUUCUUCCCCCACUGAUCAUCUGAGAAGGUACGUGUGUCUUCCACCAGGUACAAGAUCCUUUUUUUUUUUUGAUGGUGGUUUUGGGGAUUGAACCAGGGCCUCAUUCAUGUGAGGCAAGCACUUUACCAUUGAUGUAUACCCAAAGCCCUUCUUAUUUUGACAGUGUCUCACUAUAUUGUUCACACUUGCCUUGAAUUUGUGAUCCUCCUGCCUCAGAUUCUCCAGUAGCUGGGAUUAUAGGUGUGUGCCACCAUGCUAAGUCCUUUAAUUUUUAUUCUAAAUUCAGGUUUCUGCUUCUUUAUGCCCUGCUUCCAAGAAAUAGUCAAUGAAUGGAAGCUUUCUAGAGUUAUUGAAUUAAGGUGAGACUGGCAGCAGCUUGUUACCUUUCCCCAUUUAAGGCAAUUGAGAGAGAAAAUUCAAAUUACUAAAAUUCAUGAUGAAAAAGGAAACAUCACAAUGGACACUACUGAAAUAAGAAGAUAUUUAGAAACUAUUUUGAAAUUUUAUACUCCAGUAAAAUGGAAAAUCUCAAAGAUAUUGACAGAUUUCUAGAGACAUAUACUCUACCCAAACUAAAUCAGGAGGGCACACACAAUUUAAACAGAUCAAUUUCAAAAAACGAAAUAGAAGAUUCCAUCAAAAACCUACCAACAAAGAAAAGACUAGGACCAGAAGGAUUCUCAGCCAAGGUCUAUGAGACCCUCAAAGAAGAAUUAACACCAAUACUCCUCAAAUUAUUUCAUGAAAUAGAAAAGAAGGGAACCCUUCCAAACUCAUUCUGUGAGGCUAGUAUCAUCCUAAUACCCAAACCAGACAAAGACACAUCAAGGAAAGAAAACUUGAGACUAAGAUCCCUGAUAAACAGACAUAAAAAUUCUCAAUAAAAUGAGUUACGUUGAUUGAUGUCAAAUCAACCUUUCAACCCUGGGAUAAGCCCCAUUUGAUUAUGGUGCACUAUCUUUUUAAUGUUUUUGUAUUUAAUUUGCCAGAAUUUUAUUGAGAAUUUUUAUGUCUGUUUAUCAGUAGAUUUAAAGACAUGAACCAUUUGAUCACCUCAAUAGAUGCAGAAAAAGCAUUUGAUGAAUAGAUGUUCAAAACACAGGGCCAAUCUUAACCCAAGGAAGGGAACCUGGCUUUUGCAGAAUUACAACAUUGGUGAGUGAGAGAGGAUGGAGUUAAUUUCCUGAGGGCCAAAAGUCAAAUCUUUCUAGAGCACCCUGGAGGUCUCUGCUCCAAAAGAGAGUCCUAGCUGUGCAGAAUAAAGCCACAGAUGCACUUCUGAAUUCAUGGAUUGAUAAUGUCAGAGGUGUCAGUGUUCCUUCCCCUUAGAAGUUAGCUCACAGAAUUGAUCAUGGUUUCCCCAUGAAAAGGUCCCUUCUUGGGGACAAGCCACCUGAGGAGGCUGCCUACCUUGUUUUCCUGCAGGUCAUCAAGGCCAUCAUUUGCUGUGUCAUCAUGCUUAUCAUUCUUUGACCAAACUUUUUUUCCCCCAACAUAAUUAAACCUUCCUGUGAACGUAUUUUUGGCAGUCAGUUAUGGAGUUUAAUUUUUCAUGUUCCAAAAAAGAAAUGUGAAAUAAGGAUCACCACCCACCAGAUCCCUAGUAGAUUGUUAGUAAAACUGAAAAAAUAAAAAAAAAACAGACUGUACUUGUAUUGAAUCAGGAUUUUUUAAAAAAUAUGUUUAUGUUCUCUAAAUGUUAUACUGUUACCAAUUGAAUCUUUUCAUUUAAAAGUCAAAAUACUAAAUAUAAAUGUCAACUCAAGGAACCCGGGCUACCAUAUAUUUAGGUUAACAUUACAUUUCCUAAUCAUAAGCUAAAAUCUCUUUUCAAAAAAUAUUUGUAUGUUGUUGUUAGGCAAUAAAUUAGACACAUUUUGAAAAUGAUAUCUCUCCAAAGAGCUGUUAAUAGGAGGAAAAAACAACAACAACAAAAUGUUGAGUUUAUUUUUAUGUAAGAAGGUUUAUUUGUGCUACUGGUUGAGUAACAUAGUUUAUAAUGCUAUUUACAGGAGGAAAUUGCUAAAAUAUUGAAAAAAAUUGUCAGUCCUAAAGAUUGCAGAUCGUAAACUCAGGGCUAUUUCAUAUUGAAUCCAUAUAUCAUGAUAUUAGGCACACACUUGACAAUUAUGAGAUGGAACUGGUUUUAGUUAACCAGCAAUUAGCUUUGCCUAUGGUCUGUUGAAAAUCUGUUCAGUUGGCAAAAUUAGAUUUAUUAUUCUAAGGAAAACCUAGUAGGUUAUUUCAAAUAUUCACCAGAAAUAAACUUCUUCCUCUGAAAAAUAUACAUUUUAUAUAUACAUAUUUAUUUAUGUAUGUGUAUAUAAGUAGAUAGAUCGAAGGAUAUAUUUGUAAAGAAUGUACCCUUCUUGUCUUUCAUGUGCACUUGGAAUGAUUUAUAUAAUUAAAAGAUGAAGUAGAGCAUAAGGUCAUCUGGAAGCCAGAGGAUUUUCAUCGGUCCCUUUCUUAGGGUUGUUUAUAAGACAAGUGAUGUUGAAUUUGACCUGUCUUUUUUUUUUUUUUUUUCACCUAGAACUUACUUGAAGUUUUGGUGUGUCAGUAAUAAAGAGUAAAUCAAAGCACCAGGCUUUCUGAGGUGAAAGGCACAUUUUAACAGCCUUCCAUUAUUUUGGGGAUCUACCAUGGACCUUCUAGCUCAAUACUUUGGGAAUUGUCAAACUUUGGUGGAAUUUGCUUAGGUAUUAGCUAUGCCUAUGCUAAGAUUAUAUGCAAUUAACACAAAUCUCUGCCGUUCUCCACUUCCACAUGACUCUAGCUUACUACAUAGUUAGGGUUGAAUUUUAUGAAGUAAAUGUUAAUACUUAUUUCUAUUAAAACCAUACAGUGAAGCCAAAAGGAGGAAUUUAGUUAUCUUGUAAAAAGAUAUGUACAUAUAUAUAUAUACAAAUGAAUGUAAGAUUUAAAGAAACUUGUGUGAUAAUUAACAUAUUGGUAAAACUUUCAAAGACCAAAUGUUUCCUUAGCUUUUCUUUAUUGAUGUUCAUACUUCUAAUUUUAUUAUCCUAAGAGCUGUGCAUUUUAAACAAUACAGUCUGAAUAAAGCAUAUUAAAAUGAUAA